AUGGCUAAGGUACUGCUUACUGGUGGAAGCGGCUUCAUUGCUGCGCAUGUGCUAAAUGCCCUCUUGCAUCGCGGAUACACUGUCGUGACUACCGUCCGAUCAAAGGAGAAAGGAGACCAAAUCCUGGCGGCACAUACGGAUGGCGUAGCGCAAUCCCGGCUCUCCUAUGCCAUCGUGAGCGACAUAUCUCAGAAGAAUGCAUUUGACACUGCCUUGGCCAACCAACCCGGCGCCCCUUUCGACUAUGUCAUCCACACGGCAUCUCCAUUUCCAGCAAGCUUUGAAGAGCCGUUGAAGGAUGUGCUUGAGCCAGCGGUAAACGGAACCAGCGGUAUUCUACAGUCGGUCAAGAAGUUCGCACCCAGUGUAAAGCGUGUUGUUAUCACGUCAUCCUUUGCCGCAAUGCUUGACCAUAAGUCUCCACCAAAGAUCUAUGAUGAGACGAUUUGGAAUCCUGUAACAUGGGAUGAGGCAGUCAAUGACCACUCAUUGACUUAUCGCGGAAGUAAAACCUUUGCAGAGCGUGCGGCAUGGGACUUUGUUGAAAAGGAGAAACCAAACUUCGACGUUGUUGCACUGAAUCCCCCAAUGGUCUACGGCCCCGUAGUCCAUCAUCUCGGGGGCUUGAGCCGACUGAACACAUCCAACAUGCGCAUCAGAGAUUUUAUCCAGGGCAAACAUAAGGACAACGAGCUGCCGCCCACUCGGAACUACCUCUUCACAGAUGUACGUGACCUCGCACUAGCCCACGUAAAGGCGAUCGAGAUACCCGAGGCUGGGGGGAAGCGCUUCUUUGUAACUGCUGGACACUACACAAACAAGCGCAUCGUGGAUGCCAUUCGGGAAACACACCCAGAGCUUUCGCCCCGGCUGGCCCAGAAUCCCAUUGACGACCUUCCCGCGGAUGUCUACGGCUACAAUAAUUCAAGGACUAAGGAUGUGCUUGGAAUUGAAUUCCGAUCUCUGAAAGAAUGUAUAGGCGAUGCGACUACAUCUCUUCUCGAAGAGGGCGCUUAG